CUCUCUCUCUCAUCAGGACACCAUGAGUUACCCCCGGUAGCCCACACCACCAUGUUGAGAGACUUCCCGGUAAACCUGCAGCGUUCCGGUGAUGCCGUUAUCCCGACCCGGUCUCAGAACAACCGCUAUACAGACCAUCCUUUCCAGUCAGUAGGUCAUGGUGGUGGAGGGGGUCGUGGUUCGGGUCCUAGCGGCAGCAGAAGGACCCAAGCAGGAUCGAGAUCAGGGUUGUCCUCUAUCCUGCCCGACUAUAUAUACCAGGACCCUGUUACCGUGGUGAUCCUGUCUCUACUGCUGGGAGGAUGGCUUGCCUUCGCUCUGACUUAUCCACAGCAGAAGGACCAGAGGCAGCAGUUGGACGAAGCUCUGGAAUCCCGCCUCCAACACCUGCUAGACACGCCCUCUUCUGCAGACACACCCCCUUCUCCACCAGACACACCCCUUUCCUCAGGAACCCCCCUUCCUUCUGGAGCCCAGCCCCAGUCUGCAGACUCACAGCCGUCCUCUGUGGACCCUCGUCUCUCUGGCUCGCCCGGUAACAGUAGUGACGCUGUAGCCAGGAACGGAUCCCUGGUAACACGACACACGCACGAUGGAGGGAGAGAGGAGGUGGAGGUAGGGAAGAUCUCCUUCUGUCCAUCAGAGAUUCUGGGACAUGGAACAGAAGGAACCUUCGUCUUCCGAGCAGGUCCAGGUAGAUACUACUGCACCGAGAGAGACAAACUGUUCACCUACAUCGCUAUAGAACUGUGUGCUGCUACGCUACAACAGUAUGUGGAAGAUCCGUCGUGCCACGCUGGUCUCAGCCCUGUCACUGUACUACAACAGACCAUGUGUGGUCUCAGCCACCUCCACUCACUAAACAUAGUCCACAGGGAUCUGAAGCCUCGUAACAUCCUAUUGUCUCAGCCAGGGCCCCUGGGGCGGGUGAGAGCGCUGAUAUCAGACUUCGGCCUGUGUAAAAAGAUCCCUGAGGGAAGGACUAGUUUCUCUCUCCGCUCGGGGAUACCGGGGACAGAGGGGUGGAUCGCCCCGGAAGUACUGCUGGACACACCGGGACACAGCCCGACCCGUUGUGACCAGGCGGUGGAUGUGUUCUCGGCAGGCUGUGUGUUCUACUACGUGGUCAGUAGGGGGCAGCACCCGUUUGGUGACACGCUACGACGCCAAGCUAACAUCCUGACCGGGGAGUACUUCCUCACACACUUCCUGGAAGACGUGCAUGAUGACAUCAUAGCGCGGGACCUGAUAGAGCGAAUGAUCAACAGCGAUCCAGAGUCCCGCCCCUCCACUUCCUCUAUUCUUAAACACCCGUUCUUCUGGAGCCCUGAUAAGCAACUUCAGUUCUUCCAGGAUGUGAGUGACCGUAUAGAGAAGGAACCUACAGACAGCACCAUGGUGGUGAGGCUGGAGACGGCUGGCAGAGCUGUAGUACGAACCAACUGGAGAAUGCACAUCUCUGUUCCUCUGCAGACAGACCUGAGGAAGUUCAGGACGUAUAAAGGAAACUCAGUCAGAGACCUGCUCCGAGCCAUGAGAAAUAAGAAGCACCACUACCACGAGUUGCCAGCGGAGGUCCAGGAGACGUUAGGGGAGGUGCCUGAAGGCUUCGUUAGUUACUUCACCUCCCGGUUCCCGCGGUUACUGCUACACACACACACAGCGCUCAGCAGCUGUUCACACGAGAGACUUUUCCAACCCUACUACCUGCCCCCCACUGUUAAAUAACACA